GUACGCAGCAGCGAGCGCUGCUGCUGCUGCUGCUGUUCGCUGCUGGGGCAGGUACUGAGGGUUCGCGGCACCGUGCGGGAUUCCUGGGGAAGAUGCAAGGGCCUCCUGGUACUUUUGAAGAAUUCUUACAGUCUCAGAAAUUGGAUGAUUGGCCAAGAUUUCCCUUUCUAGAUGAAGAUCGUCCUUUGGUGGACAAAUUAAGAAAUGACUAUUCAUUUGAUGCUAUUUCUAAGUUUCUGUAUGACAAUGCUCCACUACAAAUCAGCCUUGUCUCAGAUUUGGAGAAGAGAAUCGAUGAGUGCACAGCUGAACUGAAGAAACAUGCUGAAAAAAUAUUUUCUUUUCAACAAAGGCCAACAGAGGAAGAUGACCAUCGUGUUUCACUAGAGCAAACCAAUGAUACUCAACUUACUGAUUCAGAAGAAAUUUCAAUUCAAACAGGCAAGAUGGGGAAAACAAAGAUUGAUAAAUAUAUCACUGAGGAAUCAAGCAGAAAAAAUGUCAAGAAUUAUAGAUACCCAGGUUUCAAGUUAAAACAGCUUACGGAACUACCAAAACAUUUGGAAGCAGCAAAACUUUGGGACUUGGUUAUAAAAGCUCACAAUUUCAAAGAAGAAGUUUUUAAAGUUUGGAGAAAGUUGUUUCUCUCGGAAGCAUCCAUUGCUGUUUUACAGGAUUGUUUUUGGUGGUGGUUUCUUCAAAAGUUUAAGCCUAAUCAAGAAGAUCAAGAUUACUUGUUUGACAGAAUUGCAGACAGCUUUGUAUCACUUUUCCUAUGUGUCCCCAGUGAUACUAAAGAUGCUUUUUUUCAGGUGUAUCCUGAUUGUUUGUCACAAGUCAUCUAUGUUGCUUUCUGUGAAGCAUUUCCAGAAUCCAAUAAAUCUUUUGAUGAUGCAUUUAAAGAUGGACUAGUGGAUUUAAUUUUUCAAUGGGUAUCAGGUCUAAAGCCACAGAAAUUUGCUUGGAGGAAAUGGAAUCUAGAGUGCCUGAAGAAGCCCACAGUAAAUAGUAGCAAGAAGGAUACUAUUACCAAGGCACCAGUUAAAGAGUCUGGCAAAUCCAAAGCAGUCAUUGAAGCUUGUGACCGGAUGGGGUCCAGACCUCUUUUACCUGAAGCACGUGAGCAGCACCCAACCUCCCACUCAUCAGUGAGAUUUCAAGUGGAUCUUGAUUUCGAAGAUCUAACUGAAGAUACAAAAAAGAUGUAUAUUUCAUCAGCUGAAGAAAUAAAGGAAGACAGUAAAUGUAAAAUGGAUAUGCCAAAAGAGUCCAAAACCAUAAAAGAGUCCUGUUAUACUGGCUCAGGUCCCGACUUCCAGCGUGUACUCUUCAGAAUCGGUGGGCGAAGUCCUCUGGUCUCAUAUUAUCUUAAGCUGCAUGAAAUCACUGAUGGUGUCUCAAGCUCUUUGACUUACAAGAUGAAUCGUACUGAAAUUUGCAAGCUACCGCCAGUUGCUCCAACUUAUCAAGAAGUUAUUAAAGAGACACGGAGGCUCAGAAGGGAAUUCCGGGAGGAUUAUACUGUAUUUCAGAAUAAAUGUAAACAAGACAUCUCAGAAAUAGAAAAGCAGAGAAAAGAAAUUAACCAGAAAUUUAGAAGACUGACAGAGAGCACCUCCAAGAAUCCCUCUGAACUAAGGCAGAGCGCAGAUAUGUUAAUGCAUGAACUGGAAUUCGCAACAUGGGACAAGAAACCACCCAGUAGUGGAAGAAACCCCUAAAAAAAUUUCAAAUGAAGGUGUGGACCCCUUUGGGAAUCUUAGACCCCUGAUGGUCUGCGGACCACAGGUUGAAAACCGCUAUGUUAAAUGAAGGUUUCAAGGUGCUAGGAUCGUGCUUGCUCAGGCCCUGCUUGAGGAAGGCAGUUACACAUGUGGUUCAUUAGACAUGUGCUUAAAUGAAAUUAAUGCUUAACUGCUUUUCUGAAUCCAUGACCUACUCUAUGUGUGUGUUUAAUGGAGGGUCACUAUCCUACAUAUUGACUCAAUUAUCUGUUUAUUCUUGAUUUCCAAUCUUUAUUUUAUUUCUUUGCAAUUUUAUAUUUUUUUUGUACGCUGCUCUUUUUCUCAGCUGUCUUUAUUCUCUGAUCAACAGAAGCAACUUCUUAAAGCAAGCAGGAUCCAAUCCAGCUUCCUGUGAAAUCAAUGGAAAGAUUCCUCUUGCCUUCAUAGGUUUCAAUCCAGUUCUCUAAAUCAACUGCCCAAAUUCACUUGGGAUGCAACCCAGUUUUUAAGUGUUGUAUUGCAGAUACAGUGUUGGCUUUGGAUUGUGGAAUGCCAUUUAAAUAUCUUCAGAUUUAUUCUGAAUUAUUUGAUUUAAUAAUUCUCUGUGGUCACAUCCUAUGAUUUGCUGUUAUACUUGGUCAUUUUAAAAAUGUAAUAAAAGAUCAUUUAAAAGGAAACGAGUUGUGUGUUACAGCAGAAGCUACUGUGCUUCAAAAUAAUGUGGCCAACAUUUUCAAACUUGG